GUUUAAUUUUUAUUUUUAUUUCUCUCUGCAAAUGGUGUGGAUCAAUAUUAUUAUAUAAGCUUGGGGGAAAAAAUCUAAAUAUUAGAAACAAAUUAAGGGUAAAAAUCUAAAUAUUAAAAAUUUGCGUCGACCAAUGAGUCUUCCUGUGGCGUCUAGCUACUUUUUCCAAACGAAAGAUUGAACCAGCGGCACAGUACAAAUUCAUUCAGAAAAGUUCGUGUGGCCAUAAAUCCUCCAAACUCAUGGAGGCCAAAUCCAUUGCAAUAUUCAUCUCCCUCCUCACCGCAUUAGAACUCACACCCACCUGCCGGCCACAGAACGACGACUCAAUCUCAUCAUCAUACUACGACUUCUGCAAGCCCUUCAACUGCGGCAACUACACCUUCUCCUUCCCCUUCUCCUCCGAGACCGACGACCAGGCCCCCCUCAAGUGCGGCCUCCCUCUCUCCGAGUACAUGAUCUUGUGCGAGAACUCCACCUCCCGCGCCGCCCUAAACCUCGGCGGCGCCAGACAGUUCCGUGUCAAACAAAUCUUCCCCACAGAAAAACUCAUCACCGUUGUCGACGACCAGCUCAUCACGGAUCUGAACUCCAGCUCCUGUGAGUCUCUGCAGAAUCUCCCACCUCCUCCUCGCCCUUCCGAUAUUGCGCCGCUUGAGCUGUCCCCCUUGGGUGUGAAUCUCACCUUCCUUAAGUGUUCAAUAUCACAUGGGGGGCUCGUCCUUGAUGGGGUUCUCGCCAACUAUAGCUGCGGAGAGGGUGUUAAGUCUUUUUACCUCCGGAAGGAGGUGAAUCGACUCGACGGCUACUCUCCGCCGCUGCGUCCGGCGGAGGUGCCAAGUGGGUGCGAGUUCGUGGCGAUGCCUGUGUCGACUGCUAGUUUGACUAAAGCUCGCCUCCUGAACGACACGAAGGAGAAUAUUGCGAAUAUUGUACUGGUUGAUGGAUUUGGGGUGUUCAAUAAGGGAGAAAGGGAGCGCAGGAGGGUGCUAGCGGACAUUUUUAGCGAUGGGUUUUCGUUGCAAUGGCCGUCUCUUUCCGACUGCGAGAACUGCCGGAACAGAGGUGGACGAUGCGGCUACGAUUCCAGCUCCAGGCUCAUUGAUUGUUUCUGCGAAGGCGGCUGUGACUCGCGGCAGCGUAAGCAAAAACGAUUCAAAAGUUGGAAGCUCAUUGUAGGAGUUGCAACUGGAAGCUCUACUGUUGUGCUGGCUACCAUAUUCCUCAUCUUCAAAUACAAAAGGAAAACAUCACCAUUCUUCAAGAUAUUCUGCUUUGGGAAGAAUCAAAAUAUAGAUCAUGAGAGCAAAAGUGCCGAGGAGUUCAUUGAGGAAUAUCGAUCUACCUUACUAAGCAACUAUUCCUACAAUGAUAUUAAGAAGAUCACCAAUGGCUUCAAAGACAAACUUGGCAGAGGAGGCUACGGCAGUGUCUACAAGGGAAACUUGUCAGAUGGUCGCACUGUUGCGGUCAAAGUGCUUGAGAAUUCCAAUGACAUUAGCCACGAUUUCAUUAAUGAAGUCACCACCAUUGGCACCAUUCACCAUAUUAAUAUAAUACGCUUAUUGGGUUUCUGUUGGGAUGGCUCCAAACAGGCGCUUAUAUACGAGUACAUGCCAAAUGGAUCCCUCGGGGACUUGCUGUCUAAGAAGGGGUUAAACCAUUCGGUGGGAUUGGAAAGGCUACUUGAAAUUGCCCUCGGGGUUGCACAUGGAAUAGAGUAUCUGCACUAUGGGUGCGGCUCGCGAAUCUUGCAUCUUGAUAUAAAGCCACAAAAUGUUUUGUUAGACCGCAAUUUUAAUCCAAAAAUUUCGGAUUUUGGGUUGGCAAAAGCGUACUCCCGUACUCGAAGCGUCGUCACGAUGACGGGUGCAAGGGGUACCAUUGGAUAUAUAGCUCCUGAGAUUUUUUUGAGAAGUUUUGGGAAGCCCUCUGAGAAAUCUGAUGUUUAUAGCUAUGGGAUGCUGCUACUGGAGAUGGUUGGCGCGAAAGAGCAUGGGCUGUCUAUUGUUAUGGGUUCGAGUGAAGCCCAGUUUCCUGGUUGGAUUUAUGACAAACUCAUUGAAGAACAAGAGAUGGUGCUGAUUGAUUCUGUAGUAAGGGAGGAGGAGUACAUAGCAAGGAAAAUGGCGGUGGUGGGUUUAUGGUGCAUUCAGAUGAAUCCCAAAGACCGUCCUUCAAUGAGAAGUGUUGUGGAAAUGUUGUCUGGGAGUGUGGAAGCCAUUGAAAUGCCCCCUAAACCCUUUCUUUGUUCUCCUCCAAGGGUGCAAUCUGAGCACACAAGUCAUUCCAUUGACAGCAGUGUCAGUAUGGUGGAACCUCUCGCAUCUGAGAAUCUUGUGACAUAAACUUCUGAAAGAGAAAAACACAGCAGGUUUUAAAAGGCCAUGCUACUACAAUAAUAUUCUUUGGGAAAUUUAAAUUA